CCGCCGACCCCACAUUCUCAUCGCCUCGCUUUUCGUGCCACCAGCGCCUGCGGUGUUUAUAGGUUUUGACUGUAGCCUGUGCAAGGCUCCCCUCCCCCUCUCCGCUUCCUCUCCGUUCAUCGACACAAACUUGCGAUCCAGCAUCGCAAGCCAUCCGUCCCAUCCUUCAUGCAGGUGUAAACCGCCAUCCGGAAGCUGUCUGGCGCGCGGCUGAGGGCGUCCAUAUCUCGCCCAUCAUGGCGCAACAAUUACAACAGGCUCUCGAGUCCCUCGACUCCAUCACGAGGGAGCUCAAGUCCAGGGCCGGUGAUGACGUACGAAGACGAGCUGCUGCUCAGCUGAGGGAUUUGGUGGCUGUCUGCUAUCGAGACUUUCCCGCCGAAAACUUCCAAGUAUUCUACAAUUCCGUCAAUAACAAAAUUACCAAUCUCAUCCUCCACGGCAAUGAUUCAUCUGAGCGACUGGGUGGCGUUUACGCCCUUGACGCGCUCGUUGACUUUGAGGGUGUCGACGUUACCGCCAAAUACACCCGAUUUCCCGCGAAUCUCAAGACCAUACUGAGGGGCAAGGACAUUGUGCCUAUGCAGCCGGCUGCUAUUGCACUGGGAAAGUUGUGUAGACCAGGCGGAUCCCUCAUCUCUGAGCUGGUCGAAUCUGAAGUCAAGACCGCUCUCGAAUGGCUCCAGUCUGACAGGAUUGAAGAGAAGAGAUACAGCGCUGUUUUAGUCCUCCGCGAACUUGCCCGAAAUGCCCCAACUUUGAUGUACGCCUAUGUUGGUCUCAUCUUCGAGCUCAUAUGGGUUGGUCUCCGGGACCCGCGCAACCUCAUCCGAACGACGGCUGGAGAGACCGUCUGCGCUUGUUUUCGUAUCAUUCGUGAGCGUGACCAAGAAAUGAAACAGACAUGGAUGAGUAAGAUGUACGCUGAGACUCUGGUGGGCCUUAAGAUGAACACCAUCGAGAGUGUUCAUGCCUCUCUGCUGGUACUAAGAGAGCUCUUAGAGCAAGGCGGCAUGUUCAUGCAGGACCAUUACGAAGAAGCCUGCGAGAUUGUUUUCCGACACAAAGAUCACCGUGACCCGACGAUUCGGAAGACGGUUGUCAUGCUCAUACCUGACCUAGCCAACUACGCUCCAGCCCAGUUUGCGCAUACUUAUUUACACAAGUUCAUGCUUUUCCUCUCUGGUAUGUUGAAAAAGGGCGUAGAACGCAACGAGGCGUUCUUGGCUAUUGGUAACAUAGCCAACUCGGUGAAAAGCGCGAUUGCACCAUAUUUAGAUGGAGUCUUGAUAUAUGUACGAGAAGGCCUCAGUCUUCAGUCUCGCAAGCGAGGCUCUGUUGACCCUGUCUUUGACUGUAUCAGUCGAUUAGCCGUAGCAGUGGGCCAGACACUAAGCAAGUAUAUGGAGGCCUUGUUGGACCCCAUAUUCGCCUGCGAGUUGACACCCAAACUUACACAGGCCCUUGUUGACAUGGCCUUUUACAUCCCGCCUGUCAAGGCUACCAUCCAAGAACGGUUGCUAGAUAUGCUUAGCAAGGUGCUAUGCGGAGAACCGUUCAAACCCCUCGGUGCUCCUACCCCCAAUACCCUCAGCGCAGUACCAAUCAUCCCAAAGGAUGCCAAAGAUCCUCAAGUGUAUGAGCAUCGCAAAGCAGAAGUCAAACUAGCCUUGAAUACCCUAGGCAGCUUCGACUUUUCAGGUCACAUAUUAAACGAGUUUGUUCGCGAUGUUGCUAUCAAAUACGUUGAGGAUGACGAUCCUGAAAUCCGAGAAGCAGCUGCAUUAACAUGCUGUCAACUCUAUGUGCGGGAUCCCAUUGUCAACCAGACUAGUCAUCACGCCCUUCAGGUCGUGGGUGAUGUUAUUGAAAAGUUGUUGACAGUUGGUGUAUCCGAUCCUCAAUCGAACAUCCGAAGAACUGUGCUGGCUGCUUUAGAUGAACGAUUUGAUCCUCACCUGGCUAAAGCAGAGAACAUUCGAACACUCUUCUUCGCCCUCAAUGAUGAGGUCUUUAGUAUCCGAGAGGUAGCUAUUGCGAUCAUUGGGCGCCUGGCGAGACAUAAUCCCGCCUAUGUCAUCCCCUCACUUCGAAAGACUCUUAUUCAAAUGCUCACAGAACUUGAAUUCUCAGACGUGCCACGAAAUAAAGAAGAGAGUGCCAAGUUACUUAGCCUUCUGGUACAAAAUGCACAAGGAUUGGUUAAGCCAUAUGUCGACCCUAUGAUAUCAGUACUUCUCCCUAAAGCAAAGGAGCCAAAUCCCUCUGUUGCUGCUACUAUUCUCAAAGCAAUCGGUGAGCUAGCAACAGUGGGCGGCGAGGAUAUGCUACCUUACAAAGACAAGUUGAUGCCCAUUGUCAUUGAUGCUUUGCAAGACCAGAGUUCUAUUGCAAAGCGCGAGGCUGCACUGCAUACAUUAGGUCAACUGGCCAGCAACUCAGGAUAUGUUAUAGAUCCCUAUCUCGAAUACCCGCAGCUCCUGGAGCUGUUACAGAAUAUCAUCCGAGCUGAACCUCAACGUGGACCUCUAAGACAAGAGACUAUAAAGCUGAUGGGGAUUUUAGGCGCGCUAGACCCUUAUAGACAUCAGCAAGUUGAAGAGCGCACUCCAGAUGCAAAGAGAAGUGUGGACACUAACCGAAUGACCGAUAUUUCGCUAAUGAUGACCGGCCUUACUCCAUCUAACAAAGAGUAUUACCCUACCGUCGUCAUUAACUCUCUGCUACACAUCCUCAAGGAUCAUUCACUCGCACAGCAUCAUGCUGCUGUUGUUGAGGCAAUCAUGAAUAUCUUUCGAACCCUCGGCCUAGAAUGCGUCUCAUUUUUAGACCGCAUUAUUCCUGCGUUCCUUUUAGUCAUCAGGAGCUCUCCUCAGAAUCGCCUUGAAUCAUACUUCAACCAACUGGCCACAUUGGUCAGCAUUGUACGCCAGCAUAUUAGAACAUACCUACCAUCCAUUGUAGAGAUCCUACAGGAAUAUUGGGAGAUUUCACCCUCUCUUCAGAGCACAAUUCUGGCACUAGUAGAGGCAAUCUCUAGAUCAUUGGAAGGAGAGUUCAAGAUUUACCUAGCUGGCCUACUACCUAUGAUGCUUGGUGUUCUGGAGAAGGAUUCUACUGUCAAGAGGACACCUUCAGAGAAGGUCUUGCACGCGCUUUUGGUCUUCGGGUCAAGUGCCGAAGAGUAUAUGCACCUUAUCAUUCCAGUUAUUGUGCGUACUUUUGAAAAGCAAGGACAACCAACUUUUCUAAGAAAGCUCGCUAUUGAGACAAUUGGCAAAAUCUCGCGUCAGGUGAAUCUGAACGAUUAUGCCGCCAAAAUCAUUCAUCCCUUGGCGAGAAUCUUAGCAUCUGGCGAUAUAUCUUUGCGUGUAGCUGCCUUGGAUACGCUCUGUGCUCUUAUCCAGCAAUUAGGCAGAGACUACUUGCACUUUGCUGGUACAGUCAACAAGGUGCUCCAGAGUAGCCCAAUCCAGCACCAGAAUUACGAUCUCCUUCUGUCGAAGUUGCAAAAAGGAGAGGUAUUGCCGCAAGAUUUGAGCUCCGAAGCUCGAUUCAACGACCAGACCGACGAGUCUAACUUCGCCGAACUUGCUACAAAGAAGCUGGAGAUGAACGCCAUUCAUCUUAAGACUGCAUGGGACACAAGGGGCAAGUCCACAAAGGAGGACUGGCAAGAAUGGCUACGAAGAUUUAGCACUAUGCUACUGACCGAGUCUCCCAAUCACGCUUUGCGGGCCUGCGCGUCUCUCGCCAGCGUCUACCUCCCCCUUGCGAGGGAAUUGUUUAAUUCGGCUUUUGUCUCGUGUUGGAGUGAGCUUUAUGAGCAGUUUCAGGAUGAACUAAUACAAAACAUCGAGAAUGCGAUCCGAUCCGAAAAUGUUCCCCCCGACUUGCUCGGUCUUCUUCUUAACCUGGCUGAGUUUAUGGAACAUGAUGACAAAGCCUUGCCUAUCGAUAUCAGAAUCCUCGGUCGGGAAGCCGCUCGUUGCCAUGCUUAUGCUAAGGCACUUCAUUACAAGGAGUUAGAAUUCUUACAGGACCAAAGUGGACCAGCUGUGGAGGCUUUGAUUGUCAUAAAUAAUCAACUGCAACAGUAUGACGCAGCUAUUGGUAUUCUUCGCAAGGCGCAAUUAUACAAGGAUGGAAUUCAGCUUCGAGAAACCUGGUUUGAAAAGUUAGAGCGUUGGGAGGAGGCCCUAAACUUCUACAACAAGAGGGAGCGAGAAAUUCCUGAAGACCAGCCCGUCCCCAUUGAUAUUGUGAUGGGCAAGAUGCGAUGUCUACAUGCACUUACGGAGUGGGAUGCGCUCGCCAAUCUCGCAGGCAAUACGUGGGCCAACUCAGCACCAGAUGUCCAACGACGUAUUGCUCCUCUGGCAACAGCUGCUGCUUGGAGCCUGGGCAAGUGGGACGCUAUGGAAAUUUACCUGUCAUCAAUGAGGCGAAACUCCCCGGAUCGUUCAUUCUUCGGAGCAAUCCUUGCCCUUCACCGCAACCAGUUUAGAGAAGCGACAGCUAGUAUCCAACAGGCACGGGAGGGACUAGACACGGAGCUCAGCGCCCUCGUAAGCGAGUCAUAUAAUCGUGCGUACCAGGUUGUUGUACGAGUGCAAAUGCUUGCAGAACUCGAGGAACUCAUCGUUUAUAAGCAAGCAGAUGAAAAGAAGCAGGCAACAAUGAGACGUACCUGGGAGACCCGACUCAAAGGAUGCCAAAGGAAUGUCGAGGUUUGGCAGCGCAUGCUUAGACUACGUGCGCUUGUCAUUACACCGGAAGAAAAUAUGCACAUGUGGAUCAAGUUUGCCAACCUUUGUAGGAAAUCUGGGCGCAUGGGACUUGCCGAAAAGUCUCUAAAACAGCUCAUUGGUAGCGAUCAUGCUCUCGAUACCAUCAUUCCCUACUGGAGCCAAAAUGGGCCGCCCCAGACGUCUUCGAAUUGGAGGAUCCCGCCUCAGGUAGUCUACGCUGUUCUGAAAUUCUAUUGGGAGUAUGGUCAACAAGCAAAUAUGCGCCAGACUGGGCAUGCUGAAAAAACGCUGUUUUGUCUCCGAAAGUUCACCGCCGACACAGUGCAGCGCCUGGAGAUGGCGCGAGCCUCCAUGCAAUCUGUCCCUAAUGGUAUGGAGGUGAUGGGUGACUAUAGUUAUCAUAACGGUGUAGAAUCUGGCAUGUCUCAUCUGAGGUCACAGAAGGAAUUCCAGGAUCAGACUGUGCUUUUAGCGAAGUGUUUCCUCAGACAAGGAGAGUGGCAGGUCACUUUGAACAAGAGUGAUUGGCAACACCCAAGCGUCCAGGACAUCCUUGCAUCUUACUCUAAAGCUACGCAGUAUAACCCCAAGUGGUACAAGGCGUGGCAUGCCUGGGCUCUGGCGAAUUUCGAAAUAGUCCAGACCUUGACUUCUCCGGGCGAUAGGAAAGCCCCAAGGCCGGACCCAAAUUUGGUAAUUAACCAUGUAGUUCCGGCUGUCACAGGAUUCUUCAAAUCAAUCGCUCUAUCGUCGGGUAGUUCCUUGCAGGACACCCUCCGCCUUCUCACACUCUGGUUUGCGCACGGUGGUAGCAGCGAGGUGACCGGCGCGGUCACCCAGGGCUUCGGUACUGUUAGUGUCGAUACGUGGCUCGAGGUCAUUCCGCAGUUAAUUGCACGCAUCAAUCAGCCAAAUCCACGGGUGCGACAGUCGAUCCAUAACCUACUCGCUGAUGUGGGGCGUAACCAUCCCCAGGCGUUGGUGUACCCGCUCACUGUUGCCAUGAAAUCGACCCAGAACACUAGGAGGUCCAAAUCUGCGGCCCUUAUUAUGGACAGCAUGCGGGCCCAUAGCGCCAAGCUUGUCGAGCAGGCAGAUGUUGUUAGCCAUGAGCUCAUCCGGGUUGCGGUAUUAUGGCAUGAAUUGUGGCAUGAAGGUAUCGAGGAGGCAUCUCGGUUGUGGUUUAGUGACCACAACCCAGAGGGCAUGUUCGCUACUCUAAACCCCUUACAUGAACAACUUGAAAGAGGUCCCGAGACGCUACGCGAAAUCAGUUUUGCGCAAACAUUUGGGCGCGAUCUCACAGAGGCUCGAGAGUGGUGUCGCCAAUAUGAACAGAGUCACGAUAUCAAUGAUAUGAACAGUGCGUGGGAUCUGUACUAUCAAGUGUUCCGCCGUAUAGGCCGACAGCUUCCGCAGGUGACAUCACUCGAAUUGACCUACUGUUCGCCCAAACUGCUUAGUGCCAGGAACCUGGAUCUUGCUGUACCCGGAACGUAUCGCAGCGGCGCGCCAGUGGUACGGAUCAUGUCAUUCGAGCAGACAUUCAGUGUGAUCAAUUCGAAGCAGCGUCCUCGAAAGCUUAACACGCAAGGUAGCGAUGGCAAGCCAUACGCCUUCCUUCUGAAGGGGCAUGAAGAUAUCCGUCAAGAUGAGCGUGUGAUGCAGCUUUUCGGUUUAUGCAACACUUUACUUGCAAAUGAUUCGGAAUGCUACAAGAGACAUCUCGGGAUCCAGCGGUACCCAGCCAUCCCGCUCAGCCAGAACUCCGGUCUCCUUGGGUGGGUGCCAAAUAGCGAUACUUUGCAUGUUCUCAUUCGUGAGUACCGUGAGAGCCGCAAGAUCCUACUUAACAUCGAACAUCGCAUUAUGUUGCAAAUGGCCCCGGAUUAUGACAAUCUUACCCUCAUGCAAAAGGUUGAGGUGUUUGGCUAUGCUUUAGACAACACGACUGGCCAAGAUUUAUAUCGUGUUCUCUGGUUGAAGAGUAAGAGCUCCGAAGCAUGGUUAGAACGGCGCACCAAUUACACUCGUAGUUUGGGUGUGAUGAGCAUGGUCGGCUACAUCCUUGGUCUAGGUGACCGUCACCCUAGCAAUCUCAUGCUCGACCGCAUCACGGGCAAGAUUAUUCACAUUGACUUCGGCGAUUGCUUUGAAGUGGCCAUGAAACGGGAUAAGUACCCGGAACGAGUGCCAUUCCGCCUCACCCGUAUGCUCACGUACGCGAUGGAGGUCAGCAAUAUUGAGGGAAGUUUCCGGAUUACUUGUGAGCAUGUUAUGCGAGUCCUUCGCGAAAACAAAGAGAGUGUGAUGGCCGUUCUUGAAGCUUUCAUCCAUGACCCUCUCCUAACUUGGCGUUUGACCAACGCAGCUUCCGCAAAUGGCCCUAAUUUCCAUUCAGAGCGUGAGGCUGCGCUUGAGGCUGGCACACAGCGGACUCGUCGACCCAGCAUCUUGGAGGCGGAGCACCCACCGUCAGAACUGCUUGCUGCCCAACUUGCUGUCGACUCGAUGCACCAAGGCGGCCCUCCAGCCGUACGUGGCCGUGCGCGCACCAACUCGAGCCUCUUCAAUGGCUCGACGCAGCUCGAUGGUGACAUGGCCGAGAUCCAGAACGCACGUGCCAUUGAAGUGCUCGAUCGGGUCAACCAGAAGCUGACGGGCCGCGAUUUCAAACCGAACGAGGAGUUAGAAGUCGUUGCUCAAGUCAACAAACUUGUUUUAGAGGCCACGAAGUUAGAGAACCUCUGCCAGCAUUAUAUCGGUUGGUGUUCUUUCUGGUAGUACUUGCUACUGUUGAUACAGUACUG